AUGAAGGCCCUCCAACAUGAAAAUAUUGCUAGGCUCUACGACGUAUACGAAGACCACCAUCACCUAUAUCUCAUCAUUGAACGGGCUCAGAUCGACCUCUAUGAAGCAAUCACUAGUCGUGGCGGAUUCUCGGUCGACGUCUCAAAGAAUGUGUUUGAUCAACUGUGCAAUGGGCUACUACACUGCCACGAUAACGGGAUAUAUCACCGCGAUAUCAAGCCGGAGAAUGUGCUUAUAUCGGGAACUGAUUGCAUGGUCAAGCUCACUGAUUUUGGCCUUGCUACUCGUGAAACCUGGAGCACUGAACUUGGUUGUGGUAGUGUUAGGUAUAUGGCUCCAGAAUGUUUGGGUGUUAAUGGAUCCAAGGGAUAUAGUACUGCUGCGAAUGAUGUCUGGUCCAUGGGAGUGAUUCUUAUCAACUUGUUGUUUGGUAAAAACCCAUGGCAUGAAGCUAGUGCAGCAGACCAAAUCUUUGGCCUCUAUAUUGGCCGCCAUCCAGACGUACUCCGUGAUCAAUUCGGCCUCAGUCGAGAAUUUGAUGCUUUACUGCACCGAGUUUUCACUCUAGACAUCCGAAAACGUAUCUCGCUACGAGAACUACGACGAGCUGUGGCAGAACUAAACUGCUUCACAUCUGAAGAAGCCGAUGGUGACUAUCCCUUGAUUUUCGAAGGAGACGAUAUAUCUGGUCGAGCACUGUCAUUAUCCACUAAUGGGAGCUCAUCACAUGGAGAAGACGAUGAAGUCGAUAUUGAUGUACUUGAUGAUAUACGUAUAGCUCAUCAUGGAUACAUACCGCCUAAUGUAACACCCUCGUCAUCGUCGCCUGCACAAUCGUAUGCAUCGCUACCGACAUUUAUUGGAAACACGAUAUAUACCACUACUACCAAUAACAAUAAUAACCAUAAUACCUUCAAGCAACGAUACACCGAAGAACUCAAGAUGUACAAUAUCGAUACCCCAACCUCGGAAGAUUGUGACGUUGAUGAUAUGUGUGAUGAAGGAAUAGGAGGAACGUCAUGGGCUGAAGAUUUCGGUGAAAUGGAUUUCAGUACUCCGCCGUUUAUUCCCGAUGUGCCAUCGUCGUCGUCCGAUAAUAGUAAUAGUAACAAUCAAGACGAUGAGGAUGAAGAUCUGGAUGAGGACGAUAAUGGAGGAGAAGGCUACGAUUACAAUGAUGGAGGAAUGGUGAAUGAGAGUGAAGAGCAACGCCGAUUAAGGCUAACGGCGUUGGCCAAACAUUUCACGGCACGAGGUGUCGAUGGAAGUACAGCUCGGGAACGUAAAGUGUCAAUACCAUUUAGUAUUGCUACACAUGAUUCUGGAUUUGAGGAUAUGACUGUGGAUGAUACGGUUGAAGACUCUGCAUACGAUCCAAACGAAGACCAAGAUAUGGUAUCAGGAGUCAAACCAUCAACGUCAUUCCCAAACAAGUUUAUAUCAGGUUUCUUGGAAGCACUCGGUUCACUAGGCCUAGUUUCGAGAACUAGCAGCCUCCAAUCAUGA